UCUGAGCAAAAAACAUGUAUGGCCAUUUCACCCUUACUUGACGUUUGCGGUCUUGCUGAAUAUUGAGCCGUGUUUCGUAUGAACAAGAGAAGUAUGUGGGCCUCCUACUGAUAUUCCACCUAGUGGUUUGAGCAAUAUCUUCUUCUUCCAACACGUUAAACACCCAUCGUGCAUUAUAAAUAGCGUGCCCCUUGUUAUAAACUAUGAACCCUGGGCAAAUCUAGUUCUUGUGGCAAGAUAAAACCUUCAGCCCAAAAGAAUGUUUCCUGACCUCCACGUAACAACAGGGAUUAUUGGAAGUGUAGUCUGCUUUCUCCUCUAUGCAGCACCAAUAUUGACAUUCAGAAGAGUGAUAAAGAAGGGCAGCGUAGAAGAAUACUCAUGCAUACCAUAUAUCUUAACUUUGUUCAGCAGCCUCACAUAUACUUGGUACGGUCUUCCAGUAGUGAGCUCCGGAUGGGAGAAUUGGACUCUGUCCGGAAUCAGCUCACUAGGAGUGCUCUUUGAAAGCACAUUUAUCAGUAUAUACAUAUGGUUUGCACCACGAGAGAAAAAGAAGCUUGUCAUGAUGAUGGUAUCUCCAAUUCUAAUCAUCUUCGGCAUGGCUGUAUUUUUCUCAAUUUUCUCAUUCCACACCCACCAAAUGCGUAAAGUAUUUGUCGGUAGCAUUGGUUUGGUGGCUUCCAUAUUAAUGUAUGGCUCUCCGUUGGUAGCUGUGAAACAAGUUAUCAGGACGAAAAGUGUGGAGUUCAUGCCUUUCUACUUGUCAUUGUUUAGCUUCUUGACAAGUUUACUCUGGAUGCUGUAUGGGCUCCUUGGAAAGGAUCCUUUUCUCACGGCACCAAGCUUCAUUGGCUGCUUAAUGGGUAUUCUUCAGUUGGUCGUGUACUGCAUUUACAGCAAAUGCAAAGAAGCACCCAAGACGAAUCCUGAUAUUGAGCAAGCAGAUGAACUGAAAGUUGUAACUAGUCAAGACAACACGAAAGGACAAAAGCCAUAAUCUGAGACCUAAACUACCAUUUUGAGUAACAAAUACAUUUUCUUUUCGCUGGACAAAGUGUCUCUUGUAACCGCAUAAUGCGAGGAGAAAAUAAUAGUCUUCAGAUUAUCAUAUAUUAUGUUCCUAGUCAA